GACCACAAAAAUUAUGCCCGUUGAAGAUAUUUUCCCGUACCUACCCCAAGACGUCGUCGACUAUCUGUUGGACCAAAAGAACCAAGAGCGCCUGCUGAACGAGGGAAAGAAAAAGCUGAAGGAAGCGAUGCUGAAGAUCGAGGAUCAGCUCAAGCUCCUCGACGGUCGCCAGGACGAUCAGAUCUGCACGAUAUCCUGGGGCAAUAUCUAUCAAAAGAGCACCGUUAAUAACGUGCGCCACGCCCUUGUGGGUCGCCUCUCCAAGUCCAUGGAUGCGUACCUCAAGUCCAAUCGGAAGCUGUUGCGUCUGCACCGUCAAAUGUACAAGGACACGGCGAUUGUUUUCCACAAAUGGGGAAACACAGCCAGCGUCCCCAGACUUGCUGAUGAGGAGGUCUAGCAAAACUUAGACAAUUCAAAAUUGAUAGAAAUUAAUAGGAAACAUAUACCACAGACAUCUUUCGGAACUGCUAUUGAAUAAUAAACAAGAA